AGGGGCCUUGAGGUGGUCAGUCGGCGACACUCAUUACCCCUGACAGGGCGUGUCGAGCCCUCGCCCGAAGACCUCACGUUGACCACAUCAUCUGGAGUCACUCUUGUUACUCACCUCACAGGAGACGCACUGUCCACUUCGUCAGGAGCCCCUACCUUAUUCUCGCCCAAAACUCCACUACGUCAAGAGCCUCCCCCCUCCCCCUUUACUCUCACGUCAGCCACCGUCAGGAACCUCUCACGUCAACCAAGGUCAGGAACCUCUCACGUCAACCACCGUCAGGAACCUCUCACGUCAACCACCGUCUGGACCUCUCACUUGUUGACCACCUUGCUAGGGGCUCUUGCUUUGCCCACCCCACUCGGAGUUUUCCCUUUUUCCUCUCAGUUGCUCACUUUUCGAAUUUUCUAGCUUGAGUACCUACGUGGCAACUUACCCCAUCACAACACCUGGUGACGUGAACGAUAAACACGAAUGUAAGUAUCUGGUGGACUCGUGUGAAUCACAAUGUUUGUUAUGAUCCAAUAUAGUUCAGGCUUAACCACGUACGUGCAUCUAAGUGCCUUAAAAUCUACAGAAUAAUAUAAACCAUAAAGUGCCACUCUAGAUCAACGAAUUAAAAGUAUUAUGCUGAUUUUCCGAAGAAUCUUGGAGGAAUCUUGAAGAUAUAUACAACUUUGUACAAUAAAAAUGUGAGAGGAAAAUCUGUAGGCAGUUGCAGACCGCUGGAAGGGCAUUGACAGUGACGGAUGUGGAAGCGAGGGGAGAGAGUGUGAGAGGGAGAGUGAGGGGGAGGACGGGGAGAGGACAGUGAACAUCCAGAUCCCCUCGGUGACGUCUUCUCCUCACCUGCCACAAUGACAUCAAUGUACUUCCUGCUGGUGGCGGUUUGGGCGUGUGUGGGCGUGGGCGUGGCGGAGGAGUGUCUCCCGUGCCUGUCAUCUCCCUGCAGAAAGGUGACUGGACUCUUCACCCGGCCUACACUCCCCGUCGGAUACAACCUGAUAGCUCGAGUCCCGCCGCAGGCCUGCAACCUUACUGUCACAGAACUCAGAGCCUCUUCGAACUACCUAGCGGUGAGGACGGAUCAUGGGUACAUCAUCAAUGGCAACUGGGCUGUGGUUCCCCCUGGGCGGUACAUGGGGGCGGGUACUGGCUUCUUCUACAGCAGACCACGUACACUUACUGACGGUGGUGAGGUCAUCCAGGCACCAGGCCCGCUCUCCAAGGCGAUAGACAUUAUGAUAAUCUACCAGUCUACCAACCAGGGAGUGAGAUACGAAUAUUGGCAUCCAAUGGGUCCUCCCUACCCGCCUCCGACCUUACAAGGGCGUGGGCGGGGGCGGGGGCGGGGGUAUCCCCAACGAGGACAGUCAACCCUUCAAAACGUGCUGCCAGCCUACUUGGCCUCGACGCAGGGCGAGGGCGGCCUAGCGGCUGGUGAUUACUCCACCACCCUCGACAACCGCUUAGGUUUGUCCCCCGCCAUCCAGGGCUCCGUUGGGUACGUCAUCGAUAAUAGCGUGGACGGUGUGGGUCUCCCGGGCGCCCCCGACACCGCCACACCCACCUGGAAGGUGUGGAAAUUCACGCCAUGUUCCCGGACCUGCGGCGGAGGGCAGCAGCAGACGGUAUACAUCUGCACUGGCUUGGGUGGAGCCGUCAUGCAGGAGGAGAUGUGCCAGGCACCUAAACCACCUCCACAGACAGUUAACUGUAACCCUCGUCCCUGCCCGCCCACGUGGCAGCUGGGGGAGUGGUCACAGUGUUCCACCACCUGUGGAACUGGGAUCAUGACCAGGACGUGGGCAUGUGUACAGGAGGUCACACCCACGCUCGUCCGUGCUGUCCCGCCCGCCACUUGCCCCCCUCCCUCCAGAGCAACCAUGGUGCCCCUCACGCAGCCGUGCAUCCUUGCCCCAUGUUCAAGAUGGGAGGUCACUGCUUGGACACAGUGUUCUGUUGAAUGUGGUACUGGGAUCAAAACUCGUGUGGUGUCCUGCCGUGCAGAGGGACGCCGUGUGGGGGACGACCAGUGCAACGUGCAGGAGAAGCCUCCCAAGCAGGAACUGUGUCACGCCCACACGUGUUCACACCACACCUGGUUCUACACGGACUGGUCGGAGGAGUGUGUGGGCGGGUGUGAGAACGGUGUACAAAGGCGUCGCGUGUGGUGUUCACCAGGAAUCAACUCAGUGGAGGGAGAGUGUGACCAGCAGGAGAGACCUCCAGAAACCCGUGCUUGUCCCCGGGCCGACGCCUGCGCUGCUGCCUGGUUCACUGGACCCUGGACACCGUGUUCGGAAGGCUGUGGGAGCGGCAUACAGACCAGGGAGGUAGUGUGUGUGGUAUUCCUGAGGGGGACCUUCAGGGCCACGCUUGAUAUCGAAUGUAACGCCGAUACUCGCCCUAAUGCCACCCUCACGUGCAACCCUGAUCCCUGCCCUCCACACUGGUACUACACUGACUGGUCACAGUGUUCUCGCACUUGCGGCAGGGGGAGCCGCACGCGGUCAGUACAGUGCCUCGACCACCAGCAACAGCCAUCCACACGUUGUAACAUCGACGAAAAGCCGCCUACCACCCGCAGCUGCGUCGAGCAGCCUUGUAACGCCCCUAGCGACAGGGGCUGUGUAGACCGCUUUAAAAACUGCGUGUUGGUGCAGCAGGCCCGUCUCUGCCGCUACUCGUAUUACCGUACCGUCUGCUGUGCCUCCUGCUUCCAGCAGCAGUAACGUCAUGCUUCGCAGCAUACCAUCUCCAGCACCUGCCUCUUCCCUCUCUCUUUUGCUUCAUACAUUCUACUGAUUCAUCUUGAUCAACUUGAAGUAAAUUUAAUUCUACGAGUCAAAUCUUGACAUUUAUGUGAUAUCACUUUCAGUUAUUUCUAUGAUGUUUAUACUUAAAAAAAUCGAAAAUGCAUACUCAUUUGUUCACCAUUGUUUAUGGUACACACUGUAAUUUAACUCUUCUUUUUUCAGUGACAAUAUAAAAUAUACAUUCCCCAGUUAUUUUCUGUCAUAUCCUCGUACAGUUGACACAUACUCCAGUCUCUACGACCUGCCAGGAAAUCAGAGGCAACUAUGCUGAUACAGGAUUUAUCAAAUUGUCGAUAUAUUUGGGAAAAACUUGAGGCCAGUUAGUGGAAAACCUGGACCCCAGCCAGUGAGGAAAGUGAAUCCCAGUCCGAGUGGGGAAACUGGACCCCAGCUAGUGAGGAAAGUGAAUCCCAGUCAGAGUGGGGAAACUGGACCCCAGCUAGUGAGGAAAGUAAAUCCCAGUCAGAGUGGGGAACUGGACCCCAGCUAGUGAGGAAAGUGAAUCCCAGUUAGUGUGGGGAGGAACUGGACCCCAGCUAGUGAGGAAAGUGAAUCCCAGUCAGAGUGGGGAACUGGACCCCAGCUAGUGAGGAAAGUGAAUCCCAGUUAGUGUGGGGAGGAACUGGACCCCAACUAGUGAGAAAAGUUGAACAAAGCCACUUAACAAACUACUUACGUUCAUGCUGCAUUCAUGAGAGAACUGCUCAAGAACGCCAUCGUAUGAACAAUAGUGCAAUGCUCGAGCUCUAACAGUCACGAUGAUAUAUUCAGAAUUUUAGUAAGUGGAAUUUCUUUCACUGUUUGAUAUUCAGUCUUCGCAACAUCUUUGUAUUUAAAACAGGUGGAUAAUAUUAUUUUUUCGGGUAAACUGAAACAUUCAAUUCUUUAUUGGCAGGUCUGUUUUAUCUGCUUAAUACAUGAGAAUGUUCGUCCUCCUCUCAUACUGCCUAUUACAACUUAUGUCGUCUUUAUUCAUUAUACAAAUAGAAUGAAAAAACUCACGAAAUCAUAGUAGCACGACUAUAAACAAAUCACGGAACGGAUGGUGUUUGAACUCAUGGCGAGUGAAUCCUAACUCACUGGUCUGCGAGUCUUAGGACUCGUCAUAGGUUCAGAUCCCACCCGUUCCCUGAUUUGAUCAGAAUGCAGAAACCUUAUGUGUGUUGGACAGACUCCUCAGUUCUUUCGAUUAACAAAUAUAUUUUAAGAUACUCUUCUAGAAUAUUUCAACAAAUUAAGCGGAUUUGAAUAUCACAUAAAUUACAGUUUUUUUUUUCAAAUAAUAAUAGAAAUAAACUAAGUUAGAUAUUUAUUGGGUAAUUGUUAGUCGACUCUAUAGUCGACUAACAAUUACCCAAUAAAUAUUUAACUUAGUUGAUAGCAGAGGUGCGGCCACUCAGCGAAAUAUUCACAUCGUAAUACACCCACUGAAAAUGCAUCAGGCUUAAUAAUCAUUAUUUUCAUUCACGUUCAUUUCGAUGUGAGAAAAAUCCGGUAAUUUUCAAGUAACAUGACAGUCUGGUCAGUCAAGUAACAUGGCAGGCUGGUCAGUCAAGUAACAUGACAGUCUGGUCAGUCAAGUAACAUGACAGGCUGGUCAGUCAAGUAACAUGACAGUCUGGUCAGUCAAGUAACAUGACAGGCUGGUCAGUCAAGUAACAUGACAGUCUGGUCAGUCAAGUAACAUGACAGUUUGGUCAGUCAAGUAACAUGACAGCCUGGUCAGUCAAGUAACAUGACAGUCUGGUCAGUCAAGUAACAUGACAGUCUGGUCAGCCAAGUAACAUGACAGUCUGGUCAGCCAAGUAACAUGACAGCCUGGUCAGUCAAGUGACAUGACAGUCUGGUCAGCCAAGUAACAUGACAGCCUGGUCAGUCAAAUAACAUGCCAGUCUGGUCAGUCAAGUAACAUGACAGUCUGGUCAGUCAAGUAACAUGACAGUCUGGUCAGCCAAGUAACAUGACAGUCUGGUCAGCCAAGUAACAUGACAGCCUGGUCAGUCAAAUAACAUGCCAGUCUGGUCAGUCAAGUAACAUGACAGCCUGGUCAGUCAAAUAACAUGCCAGUCUGGUCAGUCAAGUAACAUGACAGCCUGGUCAGUCAAAUAACAUGCCAGUCUGGUCAGUCAAGUAACAUGACAGUCUGGUCAGUCAAGUAACCGAGGUAAGGAGAUUCCAGACUUACAGGAAAAAAAAUAAUAUCCAGUAUUGUUUUAUAAUGAAUAUUGUCUAUUUUCACGUUUUACAAUAGGAAAGUCUAUCUGUCUAUCCACUUGUGCGAUUCUCGAAUUUAAUUAUAAGAUCUGAAUUUUCUUUGAGUCGCAGAAAGAGAAAAACAGUGUUACAAAAUACUUAGUCAUCAUUUUGUCCAACAUUUCUUUGUGGAUGGACAACAAGUUAUGCUUUUAGAUUAUUCAUUUUUUCUCCUUAAUAGACUGUUGGUAUCAUCCGUGGCUGGGAGAUAUUUUUGUUAAUAAAUGUGAAUAAUAACUAAUAAAUACACAGUACGUAUAUUUGUUAGUUGAAUCGCUGUUAUGAGACGUUAUUAUUCUCACUUAUAUACGUAUGUAAUAUCAUGAAUUUUGGUGAACUUGGUCAUUGUUCUCGUUUGUGGCUUACACCCACAUGACAGACACCAUUCCCACGAGCCCUCCUAGGGCGGGGAAAGUGCCAGAAACCAGGGCUUGCUGCCACCUACAGCACAACAGGCUGUCAUUCCCACGAGCCCUCUUGGGGCGGGGAAGAUGGCAGACCAGAGGCCUAGCUUCUCCCUACGAGUCCCGUGAGGGCGGGGAAUGGGACUAGGCCUGGGGAGAGUUAGUCUCAGAAGAUGAGGUACUUCUACCUCCUCCCAUGGGAGACAGGUCUCAGACACUCCCAAGACAGGGAGCGAAGGCCGGGUCACCAUCUGGAAAAGACCCGGACCGGGAGAGUCCCGGCGAAUCAAGAAGAAGAACCACCCACAUGUGUCUGGGGAUGAAUAUUCAUUUGUUGUUCAAUAAGCACAACAUUAACACUUCACAUGUUAAAAAUAAAUUAAUGGAACCCUUCCUGGAUUUUGGUUUUGCUAUUUAUCUUGUGUGGACAAGAAAAAAAACCUGGUGAAUAGAAAAGCAUAGGCUUCUGAGUUUGUCCUCUUGUGAUAAUACAUUAAAAAUCUAUAUAAAGGGAAUUGAAUGACACGCCUAUUAACAAGAGACUAUAAUAGCAUAACCAGAUGAAUGUACAGCCUAUUAUAUGCAUUAUGGGUAAAAUAAAAAGACAUCUGCAGCAUCAGGGCGAAAAACAAGUGCUCCGUGGUAGACAUAUUUUGAUGGUUCCUUCUCAUAAUAUGAUAAGAUCCGUGAUCACUACUGAAACACAUAUAACAUCAGUUAUGUUAACCACUUAUAAGGUCUUAUUUUCACGUGUUUAUGGUUUUAGGACAGAAUUAUCUAUAUUGUAGAUUGUGUGUAAGUUCUCUUCCUCUCGUGGACAUAAUAUGUCAGACUAACCCAGAGAGGAUGAAACGUUGUUUUGUGGUAACAUUAAAUAACAUACACUACAGUGUAUUGUGUAUCAUGGACGAAUAAUUUUAUCUUGUGGAGAUAUAUAAUACAAAUAUACUAGUAAAUACCCGAGGAUUGACGGUUUCACCCGAAGUUUAUGUUGUGAGUACUAUGGAGUAGCCUAGGAGAGAGCCGUGUAAACAAAUAACGCAGUAUAGUGUAAGAAGCAGCUGAUGACGUGGGUCAUUGUAUGCUAGGAGAAGGUUUUCUAAUGUACCUACAUUUAGUGAUAUUUUUUAACAUUUCAUCAUUAUUGUAAAUAGUAGAGUAACCAAUUUAAGGGAAAAAAAAGUAAUUUGCAUAAUAGAUCAAGAGCCAAAGACAUGUAACAGUCAUUUUCACUCAUAAAGAUUAUAAAUAUACCAAA